AUGGCCGAGGCUUUGCUUACUGUUGUUUUUGAGAAUUUGAUGUCUCUUGUUCAAAAUGAAUUUGCUACAAUUUCUGGAAUCAAGUCAAAGGCUGAAAAGCUCUCAACCACUUUAGAACUCAUCAAUGCUGUUCUUGAAGAUGCUGAGCACAAACAACUCACUAACCGUUCUAUCAAGCUUUGGCUUCAACAACUCAAAGACGCAGUUUAUGUGCUAGAUGAUAUUCUUGACGAGUGUUUGUUCGAAUCGGAUAGACUUAAGGGAACGUCCUCUUUUAAACCAAAGAACAUCAUGUUUCGCCGUGAGAUUGGCAACAAGUUCAAGGAGAUCAUAAGCAGAUUCGAUCAAAUUGCUGACAAUAAGAACAAGUUUCUUCUGCAGGUGGGUGGUUCUGUUAGGGAAAGCUCUAUUGAGGUCGCUGACUGGCGCCAAACCACUUCAGUUAUUGCCGAACCCAAAGUGUAUGGAAGAGAAGAUGAUAAAGAGAAGAUUGUCCAGUUUUUUCUUACUCAAGCAAAAGACUCUCACCUCCUUUCUGUGUAUCCCAUUGUUGGCUUAGGUGGUGUUGGAAAAACAACUCUGGCUCAGUUGGUCUACAAUGACCGUCGGGUAAGUGUCAGUUUUGAUAUAAAAGUGUGGGUGUGUGUUUCUGAGAUUUUCUCUUUGAAGAUGAUUAUGUGUUCUAUUAUAGAAUCUAUCACAAGAGCUAAGUGUUAUCGCACCAAUUUAGAUGUAAUACAAAGAAAAGUGCAAGAACUAUUGCAAGGUAAGCGAUAUUUGUUGGUCUUGGAUGAUGUAUGGAAAAGAAAUCAAGAAUUGGAAUUUGGAUUAAGCCAGAACAUAUGGAAUAAGUUGAAAUCAGUUUUGUCGUGUGGAUCCAAAGGUUCUUCCAUUUUAGUUUCCACUCGUGACAAGGAUGUUGCUGCAAUCAUGGGAACAUGUCAAGAUCAUCACCUAUCCGGGCUCUCUGAAGAUGAAUGUUGGUUGUUGUUCCAAGAAUAUGCAUUUGGACACGAGAAAGAAAAACAAGCAAAACUUGUGGCAAUAGGCAAGGAGAUCAUAAAGAAGUGUGGAGGAUUGCCUCUUGCAGCACAAGCACUGGGAGGUCUAAUGCACUCGAGAACUACUGAAAAGGAAUGGCUUGAAAUUAAGGAUAGUGAGCUAUGGACUUUACCCGAUGAGAAUAUGAUUUUGCCUGCCUUGAGAUUGAGCUACACAUAUUUAACUCCCACCUUGAAGCAAUGUUUUUCUUUUUGUGCUAUAUUUCCUAAAGAUACAGAAAUGAAUAAAGAAGAUUUGAUUCAUCUUUGGAUGGCUAAUGGGUUUAUUUCAUCGAGGGAAAAUUUGGAGGUAGAAGAUGUUGGCAAUAUGGUUUGGAAUGAAUUGUGCCAAAAGUCUUUCUUUCAAGACAUCAAGAUAGAUGCUCAUUCAGAAGACAUUUCUUUCAAAAUGCACGAUCUUGUCCAUGAUUUAGCUCAACUUGUUACCGGGCCAGAGUGUAUGAUUAUUAAGAACACAAACAUUGAUUUGUCAAGAAGCACUCACCAUAUUAGUUUUGACUAUCGCAAUUUGGUAUCAAUCAAUAAGGAGACCUUCAGAAAUAUUGAGUCCUUGCGAACAUUGUAUGAUUUAAAAACUUACGACUGCCACACGUUUUUUCCUAGCUGCCACUUCCCGAAUAACAACUCUUUACGGGUUUUACUCAUAUGUUCGGCAAUGUUAGAAUCCGUUGAGAGGUUUACUCAUUUGAGGUAUUUGGAACUUUAUGGUUUCUCAAACCUUGAACCCAUAUCUAACUCAAUUCAUACCUUGCGGUAUUUGGAAAUCUUGAAAUUUAAAAGUUUUUGGAAAAUUCGAUAUCUACCGAAAAACUUGAGCCGCCUACAAAAUCUCAGACACCUUGUCAUCGAAGAUUGUCAUGUAUUGUCUUCUAUCUUUCCUAAUAUUGGAAAGUUAUGUUGCCUAAGAACAUUAAGUGUAUUCAUUGUUCGUCGGAAGAUAGGAUACAGCUUGGCAGAGCUACGUGAUCUACAAUUGGGAGGAAAACUGAGCAUCAAAGGCCUAAAAAAUGUUGAUAGUUCAUCUGAAGCUCGAGAGGCCAAUUUAAUGGGUAAAAAAGACCUCCAAGAAUUAUGCUUGUCAUGGAGCAAAGGUACUGAGGGACCUAGUACUAGUGCAGAGGAAGUAAUCGAGGCACUUCAACCUCACUCAAAUCUUAAGAGGUUGAAAAUAGAUCUCUACGACGGAAUUAGCUUACCAAGCUGGAUCAGUAUGUUGAGUAAUUUAGCUUCUCUUGAACUUUCUUCUUGUGACAAUUGCGUGCUGCUUUCACCACUUGGGAAACUACCAUCUCUAAAAAAAAUCCGUUUGCAUCAGAUGAAUAAUGUGCUAUAUAUGAAUGAAGAUGAACCUCACCAUGGUUUGGAGGAGACGUUUUUCCCAUAUCUGGAGGAACUCUACUUAGAUGGGCUACCAAACUUAGAGCGAUUGUUGAAAGUGCAAAGAGGAGAGAUUUUCCCCCAUCUUUCUAGUUUUACCAUCAUCAAUUGCCCCAAACUUGUGUUGCCAAACCUUUCAUUUGUUAAAUACUUAUUUGUAGAUGGAUGUAACAAGGAGUUACUGAGGCAAAUCUCUAGUUUCUAUGAUCUUACCACUCUUCACCUUACUAAAAAUGAAGAUGUGACCUCCCUCCCUGAGGACAUGUUGAGAAACCUGACUUCACUUCAAACUCUAACAAUAUCUGAUUUCUUGAACUUGAUGGAAUUACCAAAUGAACCCUUCAACCUUGCUUUGGAGCAUCUCUGUAUUACUCGUUGUGGCGAGCUUGAGUCUUUGCCAGAGCUAAUUUGGGAAGGUCUGCAAUCCCUUCGAACAAUCGAUAUUAUUGAUUGUGAAGGAUUGAGAUCCUUGCCUGAAGGUAUCCGACACCUCACUUCACUUGAGAUUUUGACUAUUCAAGGUUGCUCAACUUUAAAGAAACGAUGUGAGGAGGUACUAGGGGAGGACUGGGACAAGAUAGCGCACAUUCAAAAAUUACUGAUUUGGUAG